AUUACCUCUAAUGUUUUGCUUCCAAAGAAAAAAAGAAACAAUGAAGUUCUUGAUUUACCUCGUUGUGUUUGUUCUUCUUUUCAAUGGUUUGACGGCCAACAGAGUGGAAAACUCUCUGGUUCAGAAAUAUUGCAAUCAAAGUUCAAAGUACGCGGAACGAUAUUUCUAUAAGUUUUGCAUUGCAUCUCUCGAAGAGAAUGCGGAAAGUCAGAAAGCAAGGAAUAGCAAUGAUUUAACAUUGGUAGGAACGAAUAACGCUUUAUCAAACCUAACAAACGUGAAAAGAAUUGUGGAGAAGAUUUUCAACGAGAGAAAAUAUAAGGGCAGGCUGAGUAAGAAGUUGUUGCAAAAGUGCCUUAAGCUUUAUUCUGAAGGCUAUGACGCGUUAACCUCAGCUUUGAAGUACAUUAAAGUGAGAGAUCUGUUUAAAGUUUCGGUUCAUUUGCAGAAAGCAAAAGAAGCACCAAGCAUUUGCGAAAUGGGAUUCAACGGCGACAAUAAACAAAUAUCUCCGAUGAAGAAAGAAAACGAUGUUCUUUUCGACGUGAUCAAUAUUCCUUACAGUUUUAAUAUGAAUCGACAUGGUUAGAUUAGCGCCUGAAAAGGAACCGGAGGUUGCAUGAGUUUUAUUUUAAUUGAAAAAAGUUAUGAAAGACAAGCUUAGAUCUGUUAAUCAAAAUGAUAUUUAGUAUUUACUAAAAAUAUAUAUGUGUGUGCAUGUGUUGAGAAUGUUUUGUUUAGUUCUCAUAAUCAACAUGAUAAUUACGGUUUAAAUUAAAAGAUUAUAUCCAUGGAUUAACUACUCAUAGAAUAUC